CCAUGGCCAGCCCCCCCGGGGCCCCCGCGGCCGCCGACGGCCCGAACCUCAACAACAACAACAACAGCCGGCAGGGCGUGCGCAAGUGCGGCUACCUGCGCAAACUGCGCCACGGCCACAAGCGCUUCUUCGUGCUGCGCGCGCCCGCGGGCGGCGGGGACGCGGACGGGGGCGGGGGCGGGGGCGCGCCGCGCCUGGAGUACUACGAGAGCGAGAAGAAGUGGCGCAGCAAGGCGGCCGCGCCCAAGCGGGUGAUCGCGCUCGACUGCUGCCUGAACGUGCACAAGCGCGCCGACGCCAAGCACAAGUACCUGGUGGCGCUCUACACCCGCGACGAGUACUUCGCCGUGGCGGCCGACAGCGAGCAGGAGCAGGACGGCUGGUACCGGGCGCUGGCGCAGCUGCUGGGCGAGACCCGCGCGCAGGCCGAGCCGCCCCCCGGAGCCCCCCGCCACGCGCACCCCGGGGCGGCCGGCAGCGCGCCCCUGCCCGGCGCGCUGGGCCCCGACGACGCGCCCGCCUACCGCGAGGUGUGGCAGGUGACCCUGAAGCCCAAGGGGCUGGGCCAGAGCCGCCACCUGACGGGCGUGCACCGCCUGUGCCUGUCGGCGCGCACCGUGGGCUUCGUGCGCCUCAACUGCGAGCAGCCGGCCGUCACGCUGCAGCUCAUGAGCAUCCGGCGCUGCGGCCACUCGGACAGCUUCUUCUUCAUGGAGGUGGGGCGCUCGGCCGCCACGGGCCCCGGCGAGCUGUGGAUGCAGGCGGACGACGCGGUGGUGGCGCAGAACAUCCACGAGACCAUCCUGGAGGCCAUGAAGGCGCUCAAGGAGCUGUGCGAGUUCCGGCCGCGCAGCAAGAGCCAGUCGUCGGCCACGCACCCCAUCAGCGUGCCGGGGGCGCGGCGCCACCACCACCCGGUGCACCUGCCGCCCAGCCAGACGGGGCUGCCGCGCCGCUCGCGCAACGACGGGCUGGCCGCCACGCCGCCCGCCCACCCCGCCGGGGCCCCCCGGGCGCGCACGGCCAGCGAGGGCGACGGGGCGGCGGGGAGCCCGGUCAGUCCGGGCCCGGGGCGCGCAGCCCUGGGCCGCUCGCACACGCUGGGCGCCGGCCGGGGGUUCGCGCCGCCGCCACCGCACGUGGCGCCCUCGCCUCCCCCGCACCCCGGGGCCCCGCGGCCGUCCAGCGGCAGCGCCUCCGCCUCGGCCUCCGCCUCGGGCUCGCCCAGCGACGCGGGCUGCAUGUCGCAGGACGAGUACGGCUCCAGCCCCGGGGCCCCGCCGGGGAGCCGCACCCCAGAGUCGGGGUCCGGGACGCCCCCCGCGACGGCCGAGCUGGCGGGCUACGUGAGCAUGGACAGGCCGGCGCCGGGCCGCGGGGCCGGGGACUGGGAACGCGCCCUGCACCGGCCCCGCACCUGCUCGCUGAGCGCGCCCGCCCGCCAGCGCCCCGUCCCGCCGCAGCCCGCGUCCGCCUCCCUGGACGAGCGCACGCUGCUCCGCGCCGCGCUGGCCCGCAGCCCCGGACACCCGCGCGCGCCCGCGUCCUCGCCGCGCCUGGCCUACCCGGAGGACUAUGGCCACGUGGAGAUCGGGCCCGGCCGCGCCCCGCACGACGGCUACGUGCCCAUGACGCCGGGCGCCGCGCUGCUGGCGGGCGCGGGGGGCGGCGACUACGUGCCCAUGAGCCCCAUGAGCCCCACCAGCCCCACCAGCCCCACCAGCGUGUCGGCGCCCAAGCUCAUCCUGCAGCCCCGCGGCCUGGCCGGAGCCCCGCAGGCCGCCGACAGCUCCCCGGACGACGGCCGCUACGUGCGCAUGUGGUGCGGCGCCCGCCUGUGGGUGGACGGCGCCCGGGCCGGCGGGGACUACCUCAACAUGUCCCCCGGUGACGCGGGGACCCCGCCGGACUCCGCCGAGCCGCCCCGCGGCCCCCCAGGCUUUGGCCACGGCCACGGCCACGGCCCCGGCUCGCUGCCCCGCGCCGCCAAGGCCGCGGCCCUGUGCAACGGGGACACCGACCAGUACGUGCUCAUGAGCUCGCCCGUGGGCCGCAUCCUGGAGGAGGAGGACGGGCCCGAGCCGGGCCCCCGCGCCGGACAGGCCGGACAGGCCUCCGGGAGGCCGCUGCGCGCAGACGGGCUGGGCCCCGUGCGCCCCCGGCCCGUGCGCCCCACGCGCUUGGCGCUGGACGCGCCGCCCCGCCCGCCCUGCGCGUCUGAGCCCCGCAGCCCCGGCGAGUACAUCCACAUCGACUUCGGGGAGCCCGCCUCGGCCGCGUCGUCCAGCCCGCUGCUGGCCGGCAGCCCCGCGUCGUCGCUCGGCUCGGGGACCCCGGGCACCAGCGGCGACAGUCGCCUGCGCUCCCCGCUGUCCGACUACAUGAACCUGGACCCCAGCCUGAGCUCACCUCGGUCGCCCCGGCCCGGCCGCCCCGGGGACCACCCCCUGGGCUCGCCCGACGCCCUGCUUUCCCCCGACGCGGCCUCCCCGUGUCCUCCGCUGCCCCCGCGGCCGCCCACCCAAUGUGCCCGUGACGAGCCCGGGGACGGCGACGGCGACUACACCGAGAUGGCCCUGGGGGUGGCGGCCGCUCCCUCGCGGCCCGAGCUGUCCGGCCCCGUGCUGGCCGCCAAGCGCCGCAGCCUCAAAGAACAGGUGUCGGGCGUGGAGGCCUUCCUGCAGGCGGGGGCCCCCGACCCGCACCGCGGCGCCAAGGUCAUCCGCGCCGACCCCCAGGGCGGCCGGCGCCGCCACAGCUCCGAGACCUUCUCGUCCACCACCACAGUGACCCCCGUGUCGCCCUCCUUCGCCCACACCCCCAAGCGCCCCAACUCGGCCUCCGUGGAAAACGUGUCUCUCCGGAAAAGCAGUGAAGGCGGCGCGGCCCCGGGUGCGGGUGACGAGCCCCCCGCGUCCCCCCGCCACCUGCAGCCGGGGCGGCCCUGGACGGCGGGCCAGCUCGGGGGUCUGGGGGCCGCCCCCAUGCGCAGGGAGACGUCCUCCGGCUUCCAGAACGGCCUCAACUACAUCGCCAUCGACGUGCGGGAGCAGGUGGCCCCGCACCCUGCGGACAGGGCGGCCUGGGGCAGGACCCGCAGCCUGGGCGGCCUCAUGGGCACCAUGGGGGCCGGCGGCGCAACAGGUGGUUGCGGGGGCCCGGGCUCCGGUGCGGGCAGCUACGCCAGCAUCGACUUCCUGGCACAUCACCUCAAGGAGGCGGCUGUGGUCAAAGGUGAGCCGGGGACCCCGGAGAGGGGACCACUGGGGAGGGGACGGGGUCAAAGGUGAGCCAGGGACCACCUGUGCAGGCCGGGGCUGGGUGGG